GAUAAGUAAUAAAUGCUGGUUUGUAUUCAGCUGUAGUGGACGUCAAAACCGGCACAUUUUCGAAUCAACUAACCUACAUAAAAAGUUUCAGUUAAAUUGCAAAGUACACUUAAAACAAAACACUGAAGUUGUUUACUUAAAACCGCAUUUGUUCCGUUACAUGUAGCAAAUGGAUUUCAAAGGAGCACCAAAGAAGCGAACUACCAAUUUUCGAGAGGACGAAACCAAGCUACUGAUUCAACUCUGGGGAAGCCCCACGGUCCAAAACAGAUUAUACCUCACACAUCGGAAGGCGCCGGUAAUGCGGCUGAUUGCUGCCAAUAUGGAAAAACAUGGAUUCUAUCGCACACCGGAAGAAAUCAAAACUAGAAUCAGAAAUUUGAAAUGUUUGUACCAUAAAAUUUUGAAAACAAAGGACAAUAAGGGUGCACCAGUGGGGACUGAUGAUCUAGAUUGGCCCCAUUUCAAAGCUAUGGACGAUAUUUUGAGCAAAAAAGAUGCGCUGCGGCAGGAUUUGGUGUACAACCACAAUUUACUCAGCGAAGUUAAUGCGGAAGUUAAAAAGGAAUUUGAGCAGAUCGAUAUUUCGGAAGACUACGAAACCAAUGCUUCUUCGAUAAGUAAUGGUUCUCUUGCUAGUGAAAUGAUUGUUAACCAAGUAGUUGAUAUAUGCGAAACAUCCGAUGAUGAAUUUGAGGAAAACUCUUCACCGUUGCCAGCUACUAUCACUCCCACGAUCAUAGAAGACGACGACAAAGUACUACCCAUAGCAGAAUUGAGUCCGCAGCCGGUAGCAACAACAUCGCCAGCUUCAGCUGCACCUCCAGCGCUAUUUCCUCGGAUUAAGGUGGCUCAAAAUCUGCAAAGCAAACCUCCACGUCUCGCGCCGAAAACACCCAACCAGAAGCAGAAUAUUCAGAUGCCUCAAAUUCAGGCUGUCCAUACAGUUGCGCCCACUUUGCAAACGAAUGCGCCCACUAUUCCCACGCAGCUGCAAGCGUCCAUUUCUCCAAACAGUAUUGGGAAGGGCAAUGCCAUGCCCUUUCCAUUGCUGAUUUUAAAUGGGAUGCAACCAGGCCAAAACAGAACUAAUGGGUUUUCGCAGAAAACGAUUCCCAUUAAUAUGAACAGUAAUCCUUCUGCAACAGCUUUCAACUCAGAUGUAUGUAACAUCCUGAAGGAAAUGCUUGACAUCCAAAAAGAAAACCUGGUAAUUGAGAAAAAACGCUUAGAGGUGGAAACACAGAAGUUAGACUACGAACGAUCCGUCGGGCAUCAAUUUCUCAGCAUGUUUUCCACAUUCCAGCACCUUAUCCCAAAUGGCAUGAACGCGAAUUGUGAUACCCGACAAAAUACGGAGAGCGAAUCGAUUGACACGAAAGAUUUUGCUGAACAUCCGAAAUUUCAAAACGAUAAUUCAUCGGCGACAAAACGGCCGGCUGAAGAGCCUCUUUCACCAUUAAGAAGCAAUAAAAUUUCCAAAGAAACUGUGAUCAAUGGAAUAACAAAAUAUAUGCAAGAAUGUAACGUUCCCAGCAAAGAAACCAACAGUAUUACGGUUAAAUAAAGGAAAAUGUCAACCACUCUUUAUUGCAUGUUGCAGCUGAUAUAUUUUGUACGUACGAUAGCAUUAAGAAUAAAUGUGUUUUCUUCGGGAAAUUGCAUGUUUUUUAAAAAGGUUGACAAUUUUUUUGUUUGAAAUCGCUCGGUGCUUCAAUUACAAAUUUUAUUCGGCAGUUCACAAUCUGGUGCCUCUGUACAGCAUAUUUUAACAUGAUUUGUUUUGUUAUUUAUCGAUCAGCAAAAAAGAAUCCAAAUAUCAAUAAUAAUACUUCAAUGAAAAUUAUCAGAGUUGUUUUCUUUGUAGUGAAAACGUAUACGAUUUGUUGUUGUAGUUGUAAGAUUUUUCGACAUUCCAUUUAGUAUUAAUUUGUAUUGCUAAGCAACGUUUAUUUAUUAUUUAGUUUAUUUAUCAAUUCUUUGUGUCAUUUUAUGUAGUAAAAAUUUGCUCAA